AUGCUUGCCAUGAGGUCAAAUACCUAUCAAUGCAAUUCAACAUGCGGUUGGAUCAAUACAUUCCGUGGUUACUUUAUUGGAAAAGAAUCAGCACUUGACUUCACCGCUCUACUCAGCAUGAAGGCCCCAAUUUUGAACUUAGAAUCUGAAGAUGAGUCUGAAGGCGGUAGCCAAGUAGUUUCCAACGUAUCCAUCCAAGGUCCCUUUACUCAUCCAUCCAAGGACAGCACCACCACUUCGUCUUGCCUCACGAAUCCCAUUAAUCUUCAAACCAAUGUGGAGCUUGAAACUCUUGAUUUGACUCUCGGCUUCAACGCUAGUGAUGCCGAGUUGAAGGGAAUGCAUGAGAACAGCAGCCAAGUGGCAGUCCAUACUCCAUCCGAAGCAGUGUCCAGAGUUUUUUCCUGCAAUUUUUGUCGGCGCAAGUUUUACAGCUCACAGGCUCUUGGAGGGCAUCAGAAUGCACACAAGAGAGAGAGGACAUUGGCAAAGAGGGCCAUGCGAAUGGGAAUGAUAUCCGAUAACUAUGCCAGCUUGGCAUCUCUACCCCUUCAUGGGACUGCAUUUCGGUCUCUAGGCAUUGAAGCUCAUGCCUCAGUUCACCAAGGAAUCAUACCACGAGAGAGGCCUUUGCAUGGGAUAAAAGGUGGAACAAGUUUUGAACAAGGCUAUUUCAGAAUGCCAAUGUUUGUGGAAGAGGACGAAGCAUCGCUAUUUUGGCCUGGUAGUUUUCGGCAAAUUGAUGAGGGACUCGAUAGUAAUCUGGGUUCUGACUUGGGUGGAAGUUCGAACAUAAAUUUUGUGGCUAUGGGUCCACCACCACCCAGGGCAGAUUCAUCUUCACCUGAUCUUACUUUGAAACUUUGAUCAGUCAUUGAAAUUUUUUUCUCUGUAUUUCAUAUUUGAAUGUUAAGAAGUUACUCAAUCCGGUGUUCUCUUGUACAGCAAGAUGUGUACUGAUGGAUGGGAGCAUUUUUCUGCCUCUCCCUUUUAGUAUUUUUUUUCCCGGAAUUCUCCCUUUGAUUUUAUUUUUCCUGUUAUUGCUACUUUGGCUGAUGAAUUAUUUUUUUUCUGUUGUUGUAUAAGAUGACUGAGGGGA